AUCACCAUGUUCAGUGUCGGAGUGUCCCGGGUCCGAGCGUCACAUUUAAAGGGGAUCAUCAGGACGCUUCCUCCCACCUGCUCAGUAUCUGCUAUCAGGACCCUGUCUGGUUUAGGGGCUGUAUCUGGUAUCAGGACCCUGUCUGGUUUAGGGGCUGUAACAGGGGUCAGGACCCUGUCUGGUUUAGGGGCUGUAACAGGGGUCAGGACCCUGUCUGGUUUAGGGGCUGUAACAGGGGUCAGGACCCUGUCUGGUUUAGGGGCUGUAUCAGGGGCCAGGACUCUAUCAGGUGCCCCCGGAGCCAGUGGCGGGGAUUCGGGGGGGGUCGGUGGCGUCCCCGGAGCCAGUGGUGGAUGGUACAGCGAGCUCUCGGACUCGGCUCCGGUUCACCUGUGUGAAGACUUCCUGGUGACGGUGCAGCAGGUGAGCGGGUUGCCAUGGUGGCUGAGCAUCGCCGUGGCAACACUGUCGGUCAGGACGAUGAUAACUCUUCCCCUCGCGGCCUAUCAGAUGGUCAUCAUCUCCAAGGUGGAGGCGCUGCAGGUGGAGAUCUCUGAGUUGGCCAAGAAGCUACGAUACCAAGUUUCAGUACGAGCGAAAGAGAGAGGAUGGACGGAAAAACAGAGCCGGUUCCAGUUCCAGAAGAACCUGGCGUCCCCUUUUUUUCCCCGCUCUACGCGGGGCCCAACUUCCCCUUUAAAGGGCCGGGUCUGUGGUCCGGGGUUAAAACCCCCCCUUUGGGGUCAUUUUUCUCUGGCCCUGAGAAACCUGAGUCUGGUUCAGUCAGACAUCCAGGCCCAGCUGGCAGCAGGGGGCGCUCUGUGGUUCCCUGACCUCACGGUACCAGACUCCACCUGGAUCCUUCCGGUGUUUCUGGGACUCACCAACCUGCUCCUGGUGGAGGUGUUUUCUCUGCAGAGAGUUGGAGCCUCUUCUUUCCAGAGGCUGGUCCUGAACCUCAUCAGAGGAUUCUCUGUUCUGAUGGUCCCCAUCUCCGCCAUGGUCCCCGGGCCCCUGUCCAUGGCUCUGUACUGGUUCACCUCCAGUCUGGUGGGGUUCAGCCACAACCUGGUCCUUCGCUCUCCUGCCAUCCGUCAAGUCCUGGGACUCCAGACCGGGUCCCAGUCGCCCUAA